AUGCCAUUCACAGUAAAUGCACCACAAUGCACCUCCAAGAUGCAGAGCAGCAAGGUGCAACACAUGGUGUCCUGUGAUAAAAUGCAGCUUGACCCAUUUCAGUGUGUGUCGCAGAGCGGUCAACUGCCGCAGACCUUCUCCGUGCCCCAGAACCUCGUCCUCUGUGCCAACAACAUCCAUACCUCUGCACGCUUGAACGUCCUGUUCCCGCCACAUGUGUGGCUCUUUAUCAAACCCAUCCAGAAACUGUUUGCCAUCAUCCUGGGCAGGAGCGUACGGAAGUGGUGGAGAGCACUCCCAGCGAACAAACGCCAGCUAUUUAAAGAGAACCUAAGGCGGAAUCGGUGGAAAGUGUCUCUUAGUGCCUUGGCAUUGGGAUUCCUCGUCACUCUCUUCUAUGCCACUUCCCUGGAGGAAACGCCAAUCACGGGACGUGCGCGGCUUCUGGUGUUUAGGAAGGAGCAUUAUGACCUGCUUACUUCAAUCACGUAUGAAAGUAUGAUUGAAGAGUUUAAGGAUGAGAUGGUUUCUGAGAAGGAAGAGCUUUAUCAGAAGUUGCAGGAGAUUGUCCGACAUCUUAUCGCCUGCAACAGCGACCUGCCCGAGGUGGCCAAGAUUGAGUGGACACUACAUGUGGUGGACAAACCGAUCAUUAACGCUUUUGUGCUGCCGAACGGUCAGAUCUUCGUGUUCACCGGCAUGUUGAACGCAGUGGCGGACAGUGACCAGCUUUCCUUCAUUCUGUGUCAUGAAAUGGCGCAUGCUAUUUUAGAUCAUACGGCAGAGAAGGCCAGUGUCAGCCAUUUAUUGGACUUCCUUUUUCUGGUCUCUCUAGUCAUGAUCUGGGCGAUCUGCCCCAUGGACAGUCUCGCUGUGGUCGGCCAGUGGAUCCAGUCCAAACUACGAAUGUAUAUGCUCGAUAGACCGUUCAGCCGGACUUUGGAGACGGAAGCUGAUAAAGUUGGGCUUGAACUCGCUGCAAAGGCCUGCGUUGACGUGAGGGCCAGCUCCGUGUUCUGGAGACAGAUGGUAGUGAUGGAAAACACGGUAGGCGAACUUCGUAUCCCGGAAUGGCUUUCCACCCACCCAUCACAUGAGAAUCGAGCAGAAUAUCUGGACCGGCUUGUACCAACGGCCCUUAAAUUGAGAGAGUCUUGUGGCUGCCCUCCCCUCACCUCUCUUGACCCCAGAUUAAUUUUCGAGCGGAGCAUGAAGCUUCUUCUCCAGGCCUCCAGAGAACCGGAUGACAGAGCGAUAAAAGGCAACCUCCAUCCUGUCCGCUUAGAUGACGAAGCUCCCAUCGCCGCUGCAGUCAGAGCAGCAUAGCCGAUUAUUCAACAUUUCACCGCCGUCUACAUCCAUUGUGAAAACUGACAGCGUUUCCGCAUCGCUCAGGAACGUUUUAUCAGUAGAUUUCAUGGGCCUUUUUUUUUUUUCUUGUGUGUCUAUAGAUGAUCUUCUUUUUUUUCAUGAUUUCUAGCAAUAUUUUUAUAUAAAAUGAUCAAGGUUGAUACAUUUCUGCUCUUAAU